AUGGAAAACCACCCCGCAAGAAUUCGACAACUGGAUGCGUCUGUGGUAAACAAAAUUGCGGCUGGCGAAAUUAUCAUCGCACCGGUUAACGCCUUAAAGGAGAUGAUGGAGAACUCCAUUGACGCAGGGUCUACAAAUAUCGACAUUCUUAUUAAAGAUGGUGGCCUUAAGAUUCUCCAAAUUACUGAUAAUGGAUCGGGCAUAGACAAGAAAGAUCUGCCAAUUUUAUGUGAGAGAUUUACAACUUCAAAGUUAUCAGCAUACGAAGAUCUCAACUCUUUAAAGACCUAUGGCUUCCGUGGAGAGGCAUUAGCAAGUAUUUCGCAUAUCGCAAGAGUAACAGUUACUACCAAAACGAAAGAUGAUCCGUGUGCCUGGAAGGUAUCAUAUGCGGAUGGUAAAAUGAUUGGAGAGCCUAAGCCGACCGCUGGAAAAGAUGGCACGGCAAUUCUUGUAGAGGAUCUGUUUUUCAACGUACAAUCUAGAUUGAGGGCUUUACGAUCACCAAGUGAUGAGUAUGCUAAAGUUUUAGACUGUGUGGGUCGUUACGCCAUUCAUUCCAAGAACGUUGGGUUUUCGUGUAAAAAAUUUGGAGACUCACAAUACUCACUUAAUGUGGGGGUCGACUCUACCACCCAAGAAAGAAUCAGGACAGUAUUCGGUGGAAAUGUUGCUUCGAAUAUAUUAGAGUUCAAUACCCACAAACUUGAAGAAUAUGGCUUGGAAGCUGCAAUUGGACAAGUUAGCAAUCUCAAUUUCAAUAAUAAGAAGCACAUUCCGCCAAUAUUCUUCAUUAAUAACAGAUUAGUGACAUGCGAUCCUUUGAGAAGAUCCCUCAACCAAAUAUAUUCCUUAUACCUCCCCAAAGGGAAUAAGUCUUUCAUUUAUUUGGGCUUGAUGAUUCGGCCUGAUCUUGUGGACGUCAAUGUUCACCCAACCAAGAGGGAGGUGAGGUUUUUACAUGAGACCGAAAUAACAGAAUACAUAUCGACUAAACUCCAAGAUACCCUUUCUGAUAUUGAUACCUCGCGCUCGUUUCAAACAACUUCAAUUUUCAGUCAAAAACCAUUGAGUGUUGCUAAUGAUCUUGGAAAGGCUCAUGCAAAACUUCUCAACAACCCCCCCGUAACUUCUAUAAGCAAUAAGAUCAAGAGACAGGAAAACAAACUCGUUCGCAUAGAUGCCUCCCAAGCAAAAUUGUCUAAUUAUUUAAAGCCCACUGACUACAGUUUCGAGGCUACUCAAGAAGAGAGCUCCCAAGAAAGAAGUUUAACUCAGCCAGAAAAGUCAGAGCAGCGCAAAAAAGCGACUUCAGUCGCUUUAUCUUCAUCAUCAUUCCAGGGUGAUGAUGCCAAUGGGAAUUUUCAUUAUACAACUAGUUAUACAUCAAUUCCCAAAGAACGAACUACUGUAAAUCUAAUCAGCAUCAAAAAAUUGAGAAAGGAAGUUGAUGAUAAUACACAUAGAGAGCUUACAAAUACGUUUGCUAAUUUGACUUACAUUGGUGUAGUUGAUGAGCAAAGAAGGCUAGCUUCAUUUCAAUAUGAUCUCAAACUCCUUCUCGUCGACUAUGGAUCACUCUGUAAUGAAUUAUUCUAUCAAAUUGGUCUGACAGACUUUGCAAAUUUUGGGAAAAUUGAAUUAAUGACGAAAACAAAAGUGUCAGAACAGAGGGGAUUGUCCAUUUUCGAAACUUUAUCCAGUAUACCAGAAACUUCUGAAGAAAAAAAUCGUGAAAUUGUAUCUGUUCUUUGGAGUAUGAGAGAAAUGCUCGAUGAGUAUUUUUCAAUCGAAAUCGAAGGAGAUGAAAAUGCUCUUUCUGAGAUGAAGUUAGUUGCCUUGCCCUUGCUUCUUAAAGACUACAUGCCACCUCUAGCAAAACUGCCCUUUUUCUUAUACAGAUUAGGGACCAAAAUCAAUUGGACAGAAGAGAUUGAAUGCUUGAAUGGGAUACUACAACAGAUCGCUCUUUUUUAUAUUCCGGAGAUCAUUGAACAAGUUGAUUUAAAUGAUGAAGCUGUUGACCAAAAUGCAAAAAUAGAAUAUCUCAAAAAGUCUGAAAAAAUGGCGAAUGUUUUGGAGCAUGUUAUAUUCCCCGUAAUUAAGAAAAGACUCCUUGCGUCCAAAAAAAUAUCUGGUGAUGUGAUAGAAGUUGCGAAUCUACCUGGUUUAUACAAGGUGUUUGAAAGAUGUUAA